AUGUCUCAACUCGAUAUUCCCAGUCCCGUCACUGACGAAGCCGACAGUCAUGACGAAUCUUGUCAAGACGAUCAUAGCCACUCAUCUGCGGGUGAGGACUGCCCUGAUACGCCCAACUUUGCAGAGCCGAUUCCUUUACAGCAAACCGACAUGGGAAUCUUGCGCCUCCAAGAGCCUGAUGGCCUCAAGAUUCUUGUAGCGCCUGCCGCAUACAAGGGAUGUCUCCAGCCUGAUACGGCCGCCGAUUGCAUCAGUACCGGCAUUCUUUCGGUUGUGCCCGACGCCCGCAUCCGCAAGCUUCCUCUGAUCGAUGGUGGCGAAGGCUUCACCCGUGGUGUCGUCGCCGCCACCGGUGGUAGCAUCCAUCAAGUUGUGGUUCCUGGCCCACUCAACGAGCCUGUUCAAGCCUUUUUCGGUAUGAUUGGUCAUUCCAACAUUCAAACAAGCCCGAUCGAGAGAAAGACUGCCAUCAUCGAAAUGUCUGCUGCUGCAGGCCUCAGCCUGGUGCCGGUGGAACGUCGCAACCCAUGCAUGACAACAACCUAUGGCGUCGGCAGUCUCGUCCUUGCCGCGAUGGAAGCUGGCGCACAGCGUAUCAUCAUCGGCUGUGGAGACUCGGCCACUUGCGACGGUGGUGCCGGUAUGCUACAGGCCCUAGGUGCAGUUCUGCUGGAUCAAGAGGGUCGGUCGUUGCCGAUAGCUCAGGGUGGGGAGUCCAUCCUCCGACUACAUCGGGUAGAUACCACCGGUCUCGACACCCGUAUUGCCGACGGCUCUGUUCAAAUCGAGGCUGCCGUCAACUGGAAGAAUGUACUCACCGGCCCCAAGGGCCAGGCCCGCAUCUACAGCGAGCAAAAAGGUGCAACUCCCGCCCAGAUCGAGUUGCUGUCAAGUGCCAUGGACGCAUUGGCCUUUGCAGCUGCCAGACGUCUGCAAAGCACCCCUGAAACUGUGGGACAGAUACCGGGUUCGGGCGCGUCGGGCGGCAUGGGAACGGCAUUACUGGUUAUGGGUGGUAGGCUCCGCGCCCGGUGUGAUGUAAUGGAUGAAUUCCUCCCGCCGCUGGAUACUCUCUUCGAGACUGCCGACAGUUUCGACCUGGUCAUCACAGCCGAGGGCGGACUGGACUACCAGACUCCACGAGGCAAGAUGCCAGCAGAGGUGGCUCGACGCGCAAGCAGUCGCAAUAUCCCAGUGGUGGCCAUCGCGGGUACCAUCGGUAACGGUGCUGCUGAUAACCUGUCGGUUGGUAUCAAGGCGUAUGCUUGCAUGCUGCAGGGGCCGUCGACACUGGCCGAGGCCAUGGUGCCAGCUAGGGCAAGGCAGUUGCUAGAGGAGAGUGCGGCCAGCGUCAUGCGAACGGUACUGGUUGGUAUGCAGAUGGCAGAGACACAAUCCACCAGGGCCGUCAAAAACAAACACGAAAUGGACGUGACAGGCCUCGGCGUCGUUCGUUAUCUUUGAUGUAUUAGUUCUAGGUCUAG